UGACGGUUCUGCGUCAAGCGUAUUGAUACUCGAGGGUUUUUGCGUCGAACCUGAGGUUAAAUUACCAAAACCCAAAAUAUCAGAACCAUCUGGAACAAGGAUAAGUGGUUGUCGAUGUAUUUCAAGCAGUAUAAUAGCCCAGGGAUGAAGAACCGUGGAACAACGAAACAGUCCGAUUGUCUCAAAUGCGUUCAUGAAUACGCGUACACGUGGAAGAUGUGACACAUCGCAGAGUAACAGCAAAACAUCCUCUGUCUCAGGGCGCGUAUUAUCAUAUCGCGAGUACGCGUUGCUGUAACGCCGGACGAGUUGGUUACGGUAUGAGCCAAGUUGAGUAGGAUAAUUAAUAACUAAUCAACGAUGAAGCUGACUAGUUUAUACGGUGCGUGGUUCUCAUUAGCUUUUGUAAAUCUGAUAAGUGCGUCGAGUUUGUUUACGCCGCCAAAGUCUGCAGUGGUUUUGGCUUUCGAAUACGAACACGAAUUGUCCUUACUCGCAAACACUCUGUCCGACGAGGAUAUAAACACGGUGUUGAUAAUACCCUCGACCUCGCGGGAUCUGCUGUACGAUAAUUUGAUCGACGUCGAAGUUGUCGAGGUGAAAGUCGACGCGGCUUUGGCAAGUACGAAGGAAUCGCGGGCACUGAAAGCCUGCGAAAGUCUCCUGAGCGAUGAAACGAUUCAAAAUUUGAUUCAGGAAUUUUCACCGACUUACGUUAUUUCGCCUGGUUUGAGACACGACGCCUGCGUCCUACCGUGGGUACGAAAAUUCGCUUCAAUUCCAGUGAUUUGGACCCAAGGCUCGGAGGCUGAAUCGUACGUGUUUCACCAGUCGGGAAUCGCCUUGCCGAUAUUAACCGGUGGAUUUUGGAACCGUUUAUCGUCUCUUCUGAGUAUCAGAUCGAUCGUGAAAAAUGCAAAUAGCAAUUACGUCGCUCCCGCGUUGGAAUUGAUCGAAAAGUAUUUACCAGCCGAAACCGACACCAUAGAGAAUCUUUACCGCGAUGUCGAUCUAAUUUUUUGGGGCGCCGAUACGAUUCUCAGAUCCGACGUGUCUUUCGUUUCUCAGAUGCUGGUCGAGAUCGGGUGUCAUCAUUGUCGCGGAGCACAUCCGGUUCCACCGGAACUACAGAAAGAACUGAUAGAACGCCGAUCAGGAACGAUCGCGACGCUGCUGGACAAAGAUUACAAAAAUCUGAUCGAAGAAAUCGCCAGGGGUUUACCGCAGGGUCGUCAGGGACAAGCGGUAGUCUGGAAAAUUAAAGAUGUCGAUUAUUUGAAGGAAGAAAAGCCGGAUAAUUUGUUUGUGAAUAAAGAAGUUAUCCGUCAAGAUAUCAUUGGAUAUCCGCGCACCCGAGUCUUGCUGAGUCACUGCGAAGACACUGAGUUAUUGGAGGCUGGUUUCCACGGUACUCCGGUAAUAUGCCUGCCAAGAGACGCCGACGAGACGCGAAACGCCAGGAGAGCAAUAGAGCUCGGUUUUUCCAUUGAAACCGGCGGCGUUCACACCUCUUCGAACAUUUUAUCGCUGAUUAAAACCGUUCACGAGACAGCCGGUUUUAGGGAAAAUGCGAGAAAAGUAUCUGUGGCGAUAAGAGAACGGCCGAAUCCAGCGGUGGACAGAAUAACGUACUGGCUGGGAUACGUCGCGAGGAAUAAAGAAGAGAAGAAGCAUUUGUCCGUUCGCGAAAAUCGCGGCCUCAGUUACAAAAGCAUAUACAGCACCGACAUAUCGUUGGCCGUUGGCUUCAUCGUCGGUUUAAUAUCCGGUGCAGUUUUACCCGCCGCCUAUAUUUUGGCCGGUCGCAUUUUAGCCGCUGGUGGUCAUAGUUAUGGUAAACAGCCUACUAAGCCCAAGCGAAAAUAUAAAACGUAGAAACCGCGUCAACUUGCGUUGCUCUCAUUUUUUAUGCAUACCUGUAUCAUUUUCGACAUGGAUCUGUUUUCUUUCGACAUUUUUUACAGAUUUCCUUUUUUUUCUACCUACCAUCUAAAUUUCGUCGUACAUACGUUCAAUAUAUCAAUAUUAUAUUGUUUAUAAAUACACGUACCAUAUAGAAUACAAGGUCAUACAUAUACAUAUACAAAUAUGAAUAUAUAAUAAUAAUACAUUAUCAUAUAUUAUGUCUAUGUUCUAAAUACGAAUGAAAGAGAUUUUUUUUUAUACGAUUAAGAUUAAAUUAUACAACGUAACUUUAGAAAAUCGUGAAAAUA